AUGAGCGCAACUUCCACACGCUCCUCUCCGCCGCGCCGCCGCUGCUGCCGCUUCUUAUUCUCGCUUCAUUGGGAAGGCACACGCCGGGAGGCUGCUUUCCUAGCCUGGCUUGUUGAAUGGCUGGCUGGCAGCCAGCCCUGCUGUCUGCUGGUUACCUGGUGUUGGGGGGCGGGAUGCGGUUUGAACGGGUUUGGACGAGGCAGAGGAGGCCUGGGAGCCUCCUACUCCCCCUGCGCGCGGCGAGGAGGGGAGAAGAGGGAGGCGAUCAACCGGGACGGCGACUAUCUCCUGGGCAUUAAAAGGUUGCGCAGCGCGCAACGUGGGAUCGGGGGGUGUUGCCAGGUGUUGCCGGUGAAGCCGGACGGGAACAAUAACACAACAACACAUAGUCUUCUGCAGAUCUCUCCAGUGGAGAGAGGAGUGGUGACUCUGAUGGGCCUUCACAGCAAACUCUUCGUGGCCAUGAACGGGCGGGGAAAGCUGUACGGAUCUUUGCACUUCAACAACGAGUGUAAGUUCAAAGAGAAGCUCCUCGCCAACAACUACAACGCCUACGAGUCGGUGGCUUACCCGAGGAUGUACAUCGGCCUGAGUAGGAACGGCAAAACAAAAAGAGGAAACCGAGUGUCGCCCGCCAUGACGGUGACACAUUUCUUGCCAAGAAUCUAG